AUGCGUUCAAAAAACCCUAAAAAUCUUUCACUAUCUUUACAUAAUUCAGAUAUAAUAUCUGAAGUAGAAAAUCAACAGCAACAAACAUUUAAUAAAAAUAAAAAAUUUAAACAACUUUUAAUAUUAGGAGGUUUUUUAUUAAUAAUGAUAACAAUAAUAAAUAUUUAUUAUUUUUAUAUUUCAAAUUUACAACAGCAAGAAAAUUAUAAUUAUAAUAAUGAGAUUAAUGAUAUUUAUUCAUUUAAUUUAAUUUUACCAAAUCCUCCAAAACCUGAAUUAAAAGAUUUAAUUAUAAUACCAGGUCAUUCAAUUUAUCUAGGAGGAAGAGUUAGUAAUGGCAAUAUCAAAGAUGAUUUAGAAGAUUUGGACAAUUGGAUUUUAGAAGAUUAUCAAAGAAAUAUUGAUCAUGUUAAAACUUUUAUGAAACACAUUGAAAGAGGAUUGGAAUUGCUUGGUAAAAAUAAUGAAUCUUUGCUAAUUUUUAGUGGUGGUCAAACAAGGUUUACAGCAGGUCCAAAGACAGAAUCACAAAGUUAUUGGGAAUAUGCAAAAGAUUCAUAUGAAAAUUUAAUAUUUUCUAUAUGUAGAUUUUAUGAAUUCACAGGAAAUUAUCCAAAUAAAAUUACAAUAAUAGGAUUUAAAUUUAAAUCUACAAGAUUUAUUAAUUUACAUAGGCUUGCAAUUAAAUUUCCAUUAGAAAGGUUUAACUAUAUUGGGAUUGAUCCUGAGAACAAUUUAUUAGAUUCAGAGGCUGACCAAGUAUCAUCUUAUCAAUGUAAAAAAAGUGAAAAAGAUUUUAAACCGGCUGGCACGGUAGGAUCCAAUUUGCCACCGAAUACUCUUUUCAUUGAAUAA